ACUUUAGUAAAACUCAACACAACAGACACAAUUGCACCAACCAAUCAGAAACCAAUAUAUACUUCUUUAAUAUCAUCGCCCUGAACCAACAAUAAAACUAAGUCACACACAGUCACAGCGCAAACCCACUCUUAUUCUAUUCUCCUCCACCCAUCAACCUAACACAACAAUAAUAAAUAAAUAAACUAUAAACAAAACAAUACAUUCAACAUUUCAACUCAAAACUUCAAUAUAAAAUGGUCAAAUCCUAAACCCAUUCCUUUCAUUCACUUUCACAAUCUCAAUUUUCCAAUCUCAUGGCUUCAAUUUCAACCAUUUAUUCAUCUUCACCAACACUCAACUAUCAAAAUAUUCAAACAAAUCAAAACGCAUUCGCUAAUUCAAUACGACGUCGUUCCCAUCUCCCUAUAUACCAAACCCGACCUAAACUCUCCCCAACCCGCUCCGUCGCGCGCGAGGUUCCAACCGAUCUCUCCGCCGUUUCAGCAACAAACAACCGCCGUCUCGAGAAAGAGCCACGUGCUUUAUGGCGUCGUUACGUUGACUGGCUAUACCAACACAAAGAAAUCGGGUUAUAUCUGGAUGUGAGUCGGGUCGGGUUUACCGAUGAGUUUGUUAAAGAGAUGGAACCGCGAUUUGAGGCGGCGUUUAAAGCUAUGGAGGAGCUUGAAAAAGGUGCGAUUGCGAAUCCUGAUGAAGGUCGUAUGGUUGGACAUUAUUGGCUUAGGGAUUCCAAUCGUGCUCCUAAUUCGUUUCUUAAGAAUCAGAUUGAUAAUACUCUUGAUGCGAUUUGUGGAUUCGCUAAUGAUAUCGUCUCUGGUAAGAUUAAGCCUCCUUCAUCGCCUGAGGGAAGGUUUACUCAGAUACUUUCUGUUGGGAUUGGAGGUUCUGCACUUGGACCACAGUUUGUUGCAGAGGCACUUGCUCCUGAUAAUCCUCCACUCAAGAUAAGAUUUAUUGACAACACAGAUCCUGCUGGCAUUGAUCAUCAGAUUGCACAACUCGGCCCUGAACUAGCUUCGACACUUGUAAUCGUGAUUUCUAAGAGUGGAGGUACUCCCGAAACUAGAAAUGGCUUGUUAGAAGUACAGAAGGCCUUUCGUGAAGCAGGAUUGGAUUUCCCAAAACAGGGUGUUGCUAUAACACAAGAAAAUUCUUUGUUGGAUAAUACUGCUAGAAUUGAGGGAUGGUUAGCAAGAUUUCCCAUGUUUGACUGGGUGGGAGGUAGAACGUCAGAGAUGUCUGCAGUCGGCCUGCUUCCAGCAGCUCUGCAGACCAUUGACAUUAGAGAAAUGCUUCUUGGUGCAUCACUGAUGGAUGAGGCAAAUAGGAGUACUGUGAUAAAGAACAAUCCUGCUGCUUUGCUGGCUUUAUGUUGGUAUUGGGCUACAGAUGGUGUAGGAUCCAAGGAUAUGGUUAUCCUUCCGUACAAGGACAGCCUGUUAUUAUUUAGUAGAUACUUGCAGCAACUGGUCAUGGAAUCUCUGGGCAAGGAAUAUGACUUGGAUGGUAAUCGGGUUAAUCAAGGAAUUAGUGUCUAUGGAAAUAAAGGAAGCACGGAUCAACAUGCCUAUAUUCAGCAACUGAGGGAAGGUGUACACAAUUUCUUUGCAACAUUCAUUGAGGUGCUGCGUGAUAGACCACCUGGUCAUGAUUGGGAGCUUGAACCAGGUGUUACCAGUGGUGACUACCUGUUUGGUAUGCUACAGGGAACAAGGUCAGCUUUGUACGCUAAUGACCGCGAAUCUAUCACAGUCACUGUGCAAGAAGUGACUCCCAGAGCUGUUGGAGCCCUUGUUGCACUGUAUGAACGAGCAGUUGGGAUAUAUGCCUCACUUGUCAACAUAAAUGCUUAUCACCAGCCUGGUGUGGAAGCGGGUAAAAAAGCAGCAGGAGAAGUAUUAGCACUUCAGAAGCGGGUGUUGGCAGUGUUAAAUGAGGCAAGCUGCAAGGAGCCUAUUGAACCAUUGACGAUUGAAGAAGUAGCUGAACGUUGCCAUGCUCCAGAAGAUAUUGAAGUAAUUUACAAGAUUAUUGCUCAUAUGGCUGCCAAUGACAGAGCACUAAUUGCUGAAGGUAACUGUGGUUCUCCAAGGAGCGUCAAAGUUUUUCUGGGAGAGUGUAAUGUUGAUGAACUGUAUGCAUGAGUUAGACCAAUGAAAUCCACAUUUCAUAAUGUUAUAGAUAUGUUCAAAUGCCCAUCAAAGGAAAGGAAGUAGCUUGGAAUAAAUUAUUUUGGUUAUUUGAUGGAUCACUUCAUCUUCAAUGAAAAAGAUUUAUUUUUUUUGUAGACAAACUUUUUUAAAGAGUGGUUGAGUUUGGUUAUCUGAAAAGGAAUCAUAUUAAUAAAUUUGAGAGGCACAUAAUGGAAUAAGCUGGCUAGCUUUUGUGGAAUGUUUGGACAUUCUGAAAAGCAAAUUUGGAUUAUGUAAAAUUGGAAUCUGUAUAAAUGUAUUUGAUUGUUAUUUGGCCAAA